GUUGGCGGCGGCUGCGGCUGCGGCUGCGGCGAGUUCCUGAGGGGCGCCUGCGGGGGGCGUCCGCUCCGAGCGCCGAGGGGCCGAGCGGAGGAGGCGUCCUAGGGACACGCAGGGGAGGCCGGGCGGCCUGCACGGGGCGCUCCCGCCUCGGGGGCCCUGUCUGGCGCCUGAGCGCGCGCCCCAAUGGUCACCUGCGCCCACCUGGGCCGGCGCGCGCGGCUCCCGGCAGCUCAGCCCUCUGCCUGCCCAGGAACCUGCUUUUCCCAAGAGGAGAGAAUGGCUGCUGGGUACCUGCCCCGCUGGUCCCAGGAAUUAGUAACCUUUGAGGACGUGUCCGUGGACUUCUCCCAGGAGGAGUGGGAGUUGCUGGAGCCUGCUCAGAAGAACCUGUACAGAGAGGUGAUGCUGGAGAACUACAGGAACGUGGUCUCCCUGGAAGACAUGAAGAACCAGUGUACUGAUGGGGGGAUUAAGGAGGGUCCACUUUCUCCAGCACAAACCUCACAAGUCACUAGUCUUUCCUCAUGGAUGGGGUAUUUACUUUUUCAACCAGUGGCUUCUUCCCACUUGGAGCAAAGAGAAGCCCUGUGGAUGGAGGAGAAAGGAGCUCCUCAAGCCUCCUGUUCAGAUUGGAUGACUGUACUAAGAAACCAAGACUCAACUUACAAGAAGGUGGCUUUGCAGGAGGAACCAGCCAGUGGUAUAAAUAUGAUAAAGCUUAUCAGAGAAGACGGGGGAUGGAAGCAAUUAGAGGAGAGCCAUGAAGACCCCCAGGGGCUUUUGAGCCAAAAGGCAUCCCUUCACGUAGUGGCCGUUCCUCAGGAGAAGGCUACUGCAUGGCAUGGAUUUGGGGAAAAUGGUAAUCUGAGCCCAGCCCUUGUUUUAUCACAGGCAAGCUCUAAAGGGAACCAGUUGUGUGGCAGUGAGUCAGAUAUUACAAGCUUGGCAUCCGAUUCAAUCUUAAACCACCAUCAGCUGGGAUAUGCAGAUCGGAGACCCUGUGAAAGUAAUGAAUGUGGAAAGGCCAUCAGCCAGAACAGUCACUUUAUUCAACACAGGGGGAAAGUGUUUGUGUAUUUGGAAAAUGGGCAGUCAUUGAACCACGGUAUGGCCCUGACUAUUCACAACAAAAUCAACACGGCAGAGAAACCCUUUGAGUGCCACCAGUGCGGGAAGGUGUUCAACCGGAGGCAUUCUUUGAGCGAACAUCAAAGAAUUCACACAGGGGAGAAACCCUACGAGUGUCAGGAGUGUGGGCGAGCCUUUACGCACAGCUCCACCCUCACGCGCCAUCUGAGAACUCAUACUGGAGAGAAGCCCUACGCGUGCGGCGAGUGCGGGAAAGCCUUCAACAGGAUCUCAUCGCUGACUCAGCAUCAGAGGAUUCACACUGGGGAAAAGCCCUAUAAAUGCGAAGACUGUGGGAAAUCCUUCUGCCAGAGUUCUUACCUGAUCUUGCACAAGAGGACACACACCGGAGAGAAGCCCUAUGAAUGCAGUGAAUGUGGAAAGGCCUUCAGCGACCGUUCCUCUCUCAACCAGCACGAGCGAACUCACACAGGUGAGAACCCCUAUGAAUGUAAGCAGUGUGGGAGAGCCUUCAGCCAGAGGUCUUCCCUUGUGAGGCACGAGAGAACUCACACUGGAGAGAAACCCUACAGGUGUCAGGAAUGUGGGAAAGCCUUCAGCCAGAGCUCAUCCCUUGUCACACAUCAGAAAACUCACAGCAGCCAGAAAACCUAUAAAAUCAUUGACUGUGGGAAAGCAUUCUACCAGAACAGACAUCUUAUUGGAUGUUAGCAAUUGCAUGCUGCUUUGUAAACCACUUUUUAGUACUCUAACACAUACAUAUGGUUAUCUUUUGCCCUAGUGUGAUGGAUUUGAAAAGAAGUAGGUUUAUGUCACCUUCUCACCUUCUUGUAAGAAAGCUCUGAGAAUGGGCAUUUUUGUGUUUUGUUAUUGUUGUUGUUGAGGUGGAGUCUGCCAUCCAGGCUGGAGUGCAGUGGCGUGAUCAUACCUCACUGCAGCUUCAACUUCCUGGGCUCAAGUAAUCCUCCCACCACAGCCUCCCAGGUACCUAGUACUAUAGGUGUGCACCACCAUGCCCAGCAAAUCUUUAAAUUUAUUAUAGAGUGGGAGGCAGGGUACAGUGGCUCAUGCCUAUAAUCCUAACACUUUAGGAGGCUGAGGCAGGUGGAUCAUGAGGUCAGGAGAUCGAGACCAUCCUGGCUAACACGGUGAAACCCUGUCUCUACUAAAAAUACAAAAAAGUAGCCGGGCGUGGUGGCAGGUGCCUGUAGUCCCAACUACUCAGAAGGCUGAGGCAGGAGAAUGGUGUGAACCUGGGAGGCGGAGCUUGCAGUGAGCCAGGAUUGCACCACUGCACUCCAGCCUGGGUGACAGAGCGAGACUCCAUCUCAAAAAAAAAAAAAAAAUUAUUAUAGAGUUGGGGUCUUGCUUCAUUGCCAAGACUGGUCUUGAACUCCUGGAGUCAAGCAUCCUCCUGUCUUGGCCUCCCAAAGUGUUGGCAUUAGAAGCAUGAGCCGCUGUGCCCAGCCUGACGGGGCCUUUUAGUGGGAGGAGUUGCCAUUACACCGUGUCCAGUAAGCUCCAGACUUUCGGAAAAGAUUGGUGGACGGGAAUGCUAUCAUGGAUGGGAUCUUGCCAAGAACCAUCACAUGUUAAUUUAGUUGCUUAAACAAAAGGUGUUCUGUUCCUUAACUACUGUGUCUUUACUUUUUAUUUCAUUGUUCAUUGUUUUUAUUUCAAUAUUCUUUUCUGGGUUUAUUUGAGACAAGUUUUCACUCUGUUGCUGAGGCUGAAGUGCAGUGGUGUGAUCAUAGCUCCCUGUAGUGAGCCUUCAUCUGCUGGACUCAAGCAAUCCUCCCACCUCAGCCUCUCUGGUAGCUGGGACUACACAUGUGCACCGCUACCACACCUAGCUAAAAUUUUUUUUUUAAUUUUUGUAGUGAUGAGCUUUCACCAGGUUGCCCAGGCUGGUCUCAAACUCCCGAGCCCAAGCAAUCCACCCACCUUGGCCUCCCAAAGUGCUGGUAUUACAGGUGUGAGCCACCGCGCUGGGGUUAAGGGUGCGAGCCACCUGUGCUGGGGUUACGAGCACGAGCCACUGCGCUGGAGUUACGGGCACGAGCCACCUGCGCUGGGGUUACGGGCACGAGCCAGCUGUGCUGGGGUUACGGGCAUGAGCCACCUGUGCUGGGGUUACGGGCACGAGCCAGCUGUGCUGGGGUUAAGGGCGCGAGCCACAUGUGCGGGGGUUACGGGCACAAGCCACUGCGCUGGGGUUACGGGCGCGAGCCGCCCGUGCUGGGGUUACAGGUGCGAGCCGCCGUGCUGGGGUUACGGGUGCAAGCCGCCGUGCUGGGGUUACAGGUGUGAACCAUUGCGCCUGGCCUUUAUUUCAGCAUUCUGUUUCAGUGUUUCACAUUGGCCACUUAGCUAGAUCCGUUUGUCUUCUGCACUACUGUGCUGAUCCAGAGUAUAUGCUAAGACAGAAAGUGCUUUGGAGGUAAAGUUUAAAAAAUACAAGGGUUUCAAAAUAGUACUAGUAAUUUCAUCCAUUCACAAAAGGACAAAGGCUGGAUAGAGACGUGAAGAAAUGAAUCAUUUACGUGAUGAUUGGGGUGUUCCGAUUAUGUGUGAUUUUGUGUCUUUUGCCGUUUCAUUUUAUAUUGCUAUAAUCAUUUUGACAAUGAAUACAAAUCAAAUAGCACCCAAAAUCGUGAAGGAUACGGAACCUCAUUGAUGAAUCAGGAUAGACUGUGGGUACCUAGAUGGUAGAGACACAGUAUAGUAAACUUUGGGACAUAGAGGGUGGAAUGACCUUUGGUGGCCUGGGAAAAGUCCUGCCUGUGAGAUGUCCCUAGCAAAAUCGAGACCAGGAGUGCCGAUGUGCAUUAUCUUCAUGAACAUUUAUUGGAUGCUUACUGUAUACCAAGCACUAGCCAAGUACUUCCAUGUGGUUCUUCAUUUAGCCCUCACGACCCCAUGAGAUAAUCACUAUUCACAUUCAGUUUUACAGAAGACAAAACAGAAAUAAUUUGCUCAAGGUCACACAAUUAGAAAGUAGUGGAAUCUGGGCUGGGCGCGGUGGCUCACACCUGUGAUCCCAGCACUUUGAGAGGCUGAGGUGGGUGGAUCACUUGAGGUCAGGAGUUUGAGACCAGCCUGGCCAACAUGGUGAAGCCCCAUCUCUACCAAAAAAUACAAAAAUUAGGGAGGCCGAGAUGGGCGGAUCACCUGAGGUCAGGAGUUCGAGACCAGCCUGACCAACAUGGAGAAACCCCAUCUCUACCAAAAAUAGAAAAUUAGCCAGGCGUGGUGGCGCAUGCCUGUAAUCCCAGCUACUCGGGAGGCUGAGGCAGGAGAAUUGCUUGAACCCGGGAGGUGGAGGUUGCUGUGAGCCGGACAGCACCAUUACACUCCAGCUCUGGGCAAUAAGAGUGAAACUCUGUCUCAAAAAAAAAAAAAAAAAAAAAAUCUGGGCGUGGUGGUUCAUGCCUCUAGGCCCAGCUAUUCAGGAGGCUGUGGCAUGAGAAUAGCUUGAGGUUGCAGUGAGCCAAGAUGGUGCCAUUGCACUCUAGCCUGGGUGACAGUGAGACUCUGUCUCAAAAAAAAAAAAAAAAAAGUAGUGGACUCUGGAUUUGACCUUGAGCACCCUGUACAAAGCCAACACCUCAUUUGCCAGGCCACCAAGCAGGGGAACUGUUUUCCAAAUGUUCUCUUGGAAAGCUAGGUGUAGUGGCUCACAACUGUUAAUCCCAGUAUUUUGGGAGCCUGAGGUGGGAGGAUCACUUGAGCCCAGGUGUUCAAAACCAGCCUGGGCAACAUAGUCCCUGUCUCUGCAAAAAAUGCAAACAUUAGCCAGGCAUGGUGGCUCACGCCUAUAGUCCCAGCUACUCUGGGGGCUGAGGUGGAAGGACUGCUUGAGCCCAGGAGGCUGAGGCUGCAGUGAGCUAUGAGCACACCACUGCACUGCAGCCUGAGUGACAGAGCAAGACCCUGUCUCAAAAAAAUUUUACAAAUUUUCUCUUAGGAGUCGUCUAACUUUCCUGUGAAUCUUCCCUUUUUCUUUGAGCUAAUGAGGGAGGUUGCCCGUCAGAUCUCCUUUCACCCAAAUGGAACAUGUUGCUUUUCCUUAGAGAUCCUUCAUCCAUGGUCAGUCUAGACCCUAUUGGGUUGAUGAGUAAGUUUCUUUAGGGGCUCUGUGGACACCUUUGAACUGGAUGCAAAGUGUGUGCUGGUGCAUUGAUGUGUUUUUUGGGGAAAGCAUCUGUAGCUUUCAGCAUAUUCUUGAGAAGGGUUGACUUAGAGGUCU